AUGGAGCCUCUCCGGGCACCCCAAGGAGCUUUUCUCCGGGGUCUGGGCCACCAAUUGGGCGGCGAAAAAGUGGAACUGACGCUGUACCGACAGCAUGUGUGUCCCACUGUGGGCGGCGAAAUCGAAAGAGCCCUAAAUUCUCGGGAUGAUAUUGAAAGACGGUCGUUUCGCGAUGGCAACAUCGGCAUCAGGGGACUGCCGCCAGCAUCGAGGGUUCAGUACAGUCGGCCAAGGCAAAUUUGCCACAACAGACUGUCCGUUAGUUACCGGUCCAAUCAUCCUCGCUGUCAAUCUGGGCCUGAGAAUCGCCGAGUAAGCCGUCUGUAUCUGCCUCCAGUGCACCUGAGCCCGUCAUCGUUUGCACCGCUACCGCCAGCUCAGCGAAGCCCCGUCUUUCAGGGUUGGCGGGUGAAAUGCCAUCAUUGCUGUCCGGUCGCGUCGCCAGGCAGCACUCUGGGAGGAGUCGGAGAUUGCCGCCGGGACGACUCUUGUAGAUGGGCAAAGAGGAGCGCACCAGACCGUCACGUCAAGCGGAUAGUCAAUUUGUAG